GAGACACUUGCGUUUCUUUGUAAGGCUGAUAUAGCUACGACAAUUUUAGGAAUGCGAUUUGAGUAUUUAAAUGCAAAAUUUCGGAUGUGCAAGCACAGCGAAUUGAACGAAUCCGAAUAUUCCGAAUAUGCAUGGAAACAUGGAAACCACCAUAACCUUACUUUCGGCCGAAUGGAAUGGAAGUAACAUAACCAAAGUCGGAGCGGCAAAGUGAGAAAAGAUUUGUGCUAUUUAGUUUGACUUGAAGACCCUAUUAGUUCUCUAGUUGGACUACUUAUUAUGCUCUAGCAGCAAUGCAGGCCAUGAGAAUAGUAAACGUCAACGCCUUGACAAUGAGUACCGCAGGGCUCUGCGAGACUUUCGUUCCAAAUUCCGUCUUCACACAGUGCAUACGUUGGAAGAGAAAACCAAUUUGGCUGCCCACAGCAAAAUCGAAAGUGUUCCGAGUACCAAAAAGACCUGUGAUACCUGUCGAGGAGAAUGAUGAGCUCCUGCGUUUAUAUAAUAAUUACAGGACAUAUAUGACAUCAUUUAAGGCGCAUCUAAGACAAAUUGCGAAAGAAAACGAGAUACAAUCCGACAAGAUGGCCAGCGAGCAGCCCGAAGAGGAGGACUUCAAAGCGCGCAACGUUAUAAAUGACGAGUGGAAUGCGAAAAUAGCGGAGGAACGAGAGGCCAGGUUGGCGCUUUUGAGGGAGAAACGCAGAAACAAUGUCUUGCAGAACAUGCUGGAGAGAGAGCAGAAGCAGGAGGCGUUGAAGGCGAAGUUCAGCGAAUUGGUCAGAAAGGCUAAGGAGGACUCUCCCACGUUCAUCACCGCGGAGAACGUGGACGCUGCGAUCGAGGAGUGCUUGGCGAGCGUCGUCAACCAUAACAGUGCGUUAGAUUUGGAAGGGAAUUGGCACGAAGGGAAGUAUCCCCCGAUUCCACCGGUCGAGGAGACGCAGAAACCAGCGGCUGUCGAGCAACGAAGUUAAACAUGAAAUUCAGAAGAGUAAAGCCAAGAUUUAACUGGACCUUCUUUUCCAAGUAUUGUAGACUCUCGCUGAAGUAAUGAUGAUAAUUGAUAAAUAUAACCUGUUAUAUUAAAAUUGUAAUAAAAUAGACACUUUAAAUA